UAGAGUGGACCCAAAAGUAAAACCAUCAAAUCCCUUAUACUUUCAAUACGCCGAAACCCAAAACCCCCAGCCCAUCUCUCCCACUCUUCCUCCCUCUGUUUAUCUCAACCUCUGGCGUGAAUAUCAACAGAGGAAAGCUACCUUCGUCUCCAAUUCCGGCUGCUUCACUGAAAUUUGGGCAAUCUGGAUGAAUUUACUCUCUGAUGAACUGCUUUUCACAAAUGCGUGCUUACGGUUCGGCUAUAUUCAGAAAAGCUGGUAAUUUCAUUGCAACUAGUACUUUGAACCAAUGCCAUGUUCCCUUAUGGAAAAGAAAUUUUGAGCACGCGGGUGUUAAGACUGUUGAUUUAGGGUUUCUCUCGACAAGAUUUCGGGCUCAGUGCUACUCUUCCCACAAGAGUAACCCUAGAAAAAAAGCAUCUAGGACCAAAAAAGUCGAUCCUGAACCGGUGAUGAAAAACGAUAACGAUGCAUUCUUUGUAGUGCGAAAGGGAGAUGUUGUUGGUGUUUACAAGAGCUUUGCUGAUUGUCAGGCCCAAGUUGGAUCCUCGAUAUGUGAUCCUCCUGUCAGUGUAUACAAAGGCUACUCUUUGACAAAGGAUACUGAGGAGUAUCUCGCCUCCUGCGGGCUUAAGAAUGCCCUCUACACUAUUAAAGCUGCAGAUGUGACAGAGGAUCUUUUUGGAGCACUUAUUCCCUGCCCUUUUCAGGAACCAGCAUCUUCCAGGGGUGAAGCAUCUCAGAAUGAUGUAACCAAAAAGAGAUCACAGGAUUUGUUCGAAUCAGAUUAUGGGGGAAGGGGAGCAACUGGUUCAAUAGCUGUAGCUGAUCAUGUGAGAAAGCAUAUCAAGUUGGAUCCUCAUGCUCAGGUUCAAAUAGCAUCCUCUGAUCGUCAGUCCUGUAUUCUUGAGUUUGAUGGUGCAUCAAAAGGAAAUCCUGGACCAGCUGGUGCAGCAGCUGUGUUGAGAACUGAUGCUGGAAAUGUGAUAUGCAAAUUGCGUGAGGCUUUGGGCAUAGCAACAUGUAAUGCUGCUGAAUAUCGUGCCAUAAUUUUAGGUUUGAAACAUGCUCUUAAAAAAGGUUAUACAAGCAUUUCUGUUAAAGGUGACUCAAAGCUCGUUUGUAUGCAGAUGCAGGGUUUAUGGAGAGUCAAACAUGAGCACUUGUCUGAGUUGUAUGAGGAAGCACAGAAACUGAAAAAUAAUUUUCUUUCAUUCGAGAUCAAUCAUGUUUUAAGGAAGUUGAAUGUCGAGGCUGAUGCUCAAGCCAACUUGGCUAUCAAACUUGCUGAAGGUCAAAUCGAGGAGGAAUUAGCCUAAGUAAUUGAUUGCAGGCAGACUUUUUUCGGGUUUGUUCUAGAAUACAUUUAUAGAGUACAAAUGAGUCAAGGAUUUUGUCACUCUUUGGGCUAAAGUUUGUUCCUGUGUAGGUGCAGGUGCAAAAUUUUUAGAAGUUUUAACCCCUUAAGAUUAUAUGAUUGUUGGCCUUCCAGCUCGUGUUGCAACAAACAAAAUAUGAAUGCUAUUUUUCUUUAUGGCAAAGGCAUGUCAACGGCAGCUAAAAUUGACUGAAAUUUGCCAGAUUGGCCCCAUAUGGCAUAUAUUUUGGUUUUAUUUUAGCCAUAUUCAACGCAUAAUUGUGGGAACAUAAUAUCAUCUGCCGGGAAGGCAGUGAAUGCCUUUUGAGACUAUUUUUAUGACUUUGAUUUUUCUUUUCUCCAGGGUAUUGUUUGGCAUCUUCUUUCACUAGGCAAGUAAUUUCAUUUUAUCCUAAAUUGAAUCCUUGGUUCUGGUUUAAUAGGGCUUUCUUAUUCAUUGUUUCUUCCUUCAUGGAGCUCAUCUUUAAAUUCAAAGUGUAUGUUUCCAGUAAUUUAUGGUUGAAAAGGGUACCAACACAAAAGUAGUGGCACCAAAGAAAAUGAGUUUUUUAACAUUUAAACAGCACGAAAGAAAAUGGUUUCUCCAUAUUCAACUGCUGGUUUUAUUUUCAAGAAGCCUCUACUUUCGUCAUUAUUACCAGACAAUGUCUCCCAAAACUCAAAUGUUGGCCGACUGGAAAUAAUACCGGAUUGUUGCUAAUCUUGUAGUCAGUAAGGAAAAUGCAUAAGUUUUAAACUAAACUAGUAUAAUAUAGGCGUG